AUGGUGCCGACGACCACAUUGCUGAGAACCGGGGCCGUCCGGACGCUGCGGCCAGUCAGCCGGAGCACCGUGGCGCUGGCACGCUCGGCCCGGGUGACCGGAAGGCAGUUCAGCUCCAGCCAGCGCUCGCUCUGCGCCAACUGCGCAAACAAGUCGUGCGCCCGCCACAACAACACCAGCAAUCGCGUGAGGAGCAGCGCCAGCACCAUCGCCAACACCGCCGCCGUCAAGGGCAGCAACGUCGCCAAAGCGGCGGCCGCCUAUGCCACGGCAGCAGGCCCCGCCAUCCCGACCGAGCAGUGGGCGCAGGUUCUGGAGGAGAAGGGUGGAAAGGUGCAGUAUAAGAAGAUCCCCGUGCCCAAGCCGGGCCCGGACGAGGUCCUCAUCAACAUCAAGUACAGCGGCGUCUGCCACACGGACCUGCACGCCGUCAACGGCGACUGGCCCCUCGACGUCAAGCUGCCGCUCGUCGGCGGCCACGAGGGCGCGGGCGUCGUCGUCGCGCGCGGCGAGCUGGUCCACGACGUCGAGAUCGGCGACCACGUCGGCAUCAAGUGGCUCAACGGCUCGUGCAUGAGCUGUGAGCAGUGCCGCCAGUCCAACGAGUCGCUCUGCGCCGAGGCCGCCCUCUCCGGGUACACCGUCGACGGCUCCUUCCAGCAGUACGCCAUCGGCAAGGCCGCGCACGUCGCUCGCAUCCCUAAGGAGUGCGACCUCGCUGCUGUGGCGCCCAUCCUGUGCGCCGGCCUGACCGUCUACAAGGCGCUCAAGUCGUCCGGUGCCCGGCCCGGGCAGUAUGUGACCAUCGCCGGCGCCGGCGGCGGUCUUGGCUCCUAUGCCAUCCAGUACGCCAAGGCCAUGGGCCUGCACGUCAUCGCCCUCGACGGCGGCGACGAGAAGCGCGAGAGCUGCUUGAAGCUCGGAGCCGACACCUUCGUGGACUUCAAGACGUCUAAGGACACCGUCGCCGAGAUUCGCGCCGCCUCGGGUGGAGCGGGCCCGGAUGCUGUGCUCCUCCUGGCUGCUAGCGAGAAGCCCUUCCAGGAGGCGAGCCAGUACGUCAAGAGCAAGGGCACUAUUGUCUGCGUUGGUCUGCCGGCCAACGCCUUCGUCAAGGCACCCGUUUUCGACACUGUCGUCCGCGAAAUCAACAUCAAGGGAAGCUACGUCGGCAACCGGCAAGAUACCGCGGAAGCUCUCGACUUCUUCAGGCAGGGAUUCAUCAAGGCACCCUAUAAGAUUGUCGGCUUGACAGAACUCCAGAAGGUGUACGAUUUGAUGCAGGAAGGAAAGGUUACUGGCCGCUAUGUUGUCGACACUAGCAAAUAG